UCAAUUCUUUUGCAAUGCGUGUGAUCGGGAGUUGAAUUUCCAUUAUCAUCAAUGUUGGAUGUGAUAAACAAGCCAUUAUCACAUGAAAAAUUUACGAGGAGAGUACCUACGGUGAGUUUUUUUUCUGUUGAACUGACUCUUUGUUAUUAUUUUCAGCCAAUUCGACGAGCGAUUUGUCCUCGACGCUGGUGUGGUGACCGAUCUAGGCUAGUAUUUGCUAGAAAGUAAAUUGCCCUGCAGCUAGAAAAGCAAAAUUCUUAAGCUUCGAACAUCCGAUUAUGUGCGGCGAGUCAUUGCUGAAUUAACCUUCAUCUUCCGGAUGUUUUAAUAGAUUUUGGCUGUUCGCGCGUGACAAAAUAACCACUAUGGAAGUUCAGAACCAGUGAAUACCGUCAGAGAUUCAGAAUCGAUGUGAUCUCCGUUUGACCAACAUAGGAUUCCGAAAUUCUGCGGAACACUCCGUUACAGAGUCCUUAGCCAUUCAAUCAAGAUGCCCGACUAUUGGAACACCGAUGGAUGGAGCGCCACGAAAAGGGGAUUUCCAUGCUUAAUACUAUCGUAUCUUAAAGUUCCUAUGCACUUUCGGAGAAUCCGGAUAGGCUCCACAGACAAAUGCACUGGACAUUUCCGACCUUGGGGUCCAGGACCGGAGUGUCGUCUGCAUUCACUGAGAAGCCCUCCCCGAUUUCGCUGGACUCCCUUCCUGGAUACGUUGGCCGACCGAGAAUUGUCCGUGUCUUGCUCUGCGCCCACGCAUCUCACACCCAACUUUUCUUGGGGAUUCUGGUAGAGAUGGAUUUUCCGAUUGGUAUUACCGAGGACCCUCUGGCACAAGUGGUUCGUACCGGGUAGUAGGUGCGUUAGCCACACCAUCUAAUAACUUCUCGCACAGGCAGGGAGCAAACGACCGAAUACUAGAAUUGUACCAGCUUCGCCAUCCAGUGACUCGACGGAUUCCUGCAAAGUUGGACGUAUCCCGAACUUUUGCCAGAAAUCGUAACCUAGGAUGCAUCGCCGGUUCAACUCUGGAGCGACAAGGACGGACAAUAACCUGGUGACUCCAUUGAAGGUGACCGGGAUAUCUACGGCCCCAAUGACCUCCAGAUGUUGGCCUCCAGCUGUCGAGAGUUUGAUAUUGGAAUGGUGUUGACGUGUGCGGCUAACAUGGCGAUCCGGCAGUCCUCGCGGGUGUUUCGGAACAGCAGGUCAAAUCGACGUUUUUCGUCCCAUGGGAUGGACAGACUGCGGAAGAUUCUUACCAUAUCCAAGUAGUAAUCCUGAAACUUUUCCCUGGCUCCCUGUCGACGGUUACAAGCCUGGCGUUCGUAGACAUAAUCCAUAUCGACAGGUCAAUACGCAAUAAGCGCUCACACUGGCUACGCGUCAUGCUCGGAUCGAACGGGAUUUUACGGAUGUUCAGCUCGUGUUCGAGUUCAUCAAUGGUCAAAUGAGCUGGGUUCAGCGCAUGGUACUGCGAUAACAGGUGUGACAUCUCCAUAGUUAUAGUAUCACAGGUGAAUAAAUAUUAAAUUCAAAAUUAUUAAUACUAAACUGACUGUAAAAUUUAAAUAUCUAAGCUAAACAGUACAACAAUUAGCUGAGACAAAACUUUAUCAAAUCGCAAACAAAACAGUACAGUGAGAAUCUAAUUAAACGUUUGGGUAGUGGGUUACAAAACAAUGAUAAAUUAAAAUUUCUAAUUUGACAACUUAGUUUAAGAACAGUAAGCUAAAACAAAAACAGAUUAAAACGACAAUCAAAAUCGAAUAACACAAGUCCUCUAGAGAUAAGAUGAGGGGAAUAAAAUUAAACGGGAUUGGGUUCUUGUUUGAUUUCUCUUUUCCACCCCCCACCGAGAAAGAAAAUUUUCCGGAUUUCCGAGAAAAUUUUAUCUUCGACUUAAAUUGUUUUUCAAAACGUUUUCAACUUGUUGGUUACUAUUCGAAAAUUCCUUUGGAUGUCCAAGACCCCUCGAAUCGGAAACAAAUCGAAUUCAAACUGGUUGUUUCCCACUAGGUGUAGUGUGUUAAGGCAAAUUUCUAAGAGGUUCUGGGCGUUUUCCCAGAGACCCAAGCAGAAGUGGCUUCAGAAAAAAGUGUCUGCCGAGCGUAUCCAAAUCGCAAAAGCAAAUUUUACGUUAUGGGCGCCAAGUAUAACAAAUGUGUCGGCUAGCGGGUUCAGCGAUGCUGAGAUUCCCCCCUCUAUGCCUCAGGGUCGGCUUAAGCUACAGACGAUUCGGCUAGCCAAGAAAACACUUCGAUUCGUUUUGAAACCUCCCACGUUUAUUUAAGUUGGUCUUGUUGGUCUUGGGUCGUGUACACUGGGGACUACGUCCCACCCCUUAUAGCUACUUCCUACCUCGUAACUCGGAACCACUGGCUUAUGCUGUUGUGAGGGCACCUUCUUCCUUGAACCGGUCGCCUGGUCGUCGCCCCUCCGCGUCCACAACGUGGCUCGGCGAUCGUGCAGGUUGCAGGAGCUGCACUAUACUGCACUGGGUUGGCUGUCGGUCGGCGAUUCCUUUAAGGCGGUUUUCGGUCGAUGCUCUGGUCUACAGACAAGGCGGCAACUAAAGCUACGACGAUGAUGUUCACGACGCUUGGUAUGUUGACGGACCGAUUCGUCGUUCUCUCGUUCGUAGCGGGCCCUUUUGUACGAGUGGGGCCUUGGCCGGAGCGCCGGUGAGUGUGACUGCAGCGCACGGACCUGGGCUCGGUUGUAAUGGCGGAGUCUAGGCCAAGCCUCGAAGCGGGAAGCCCACCUUCGAUUCAAGGUAAAACCUCGGGGUCCUGGAUAUCCUAAUAAUCGGUGUAUUCCGGAGUUUUAUUCUUCACUACUAGACACUGUUUUCGGCACGCUGUCUACGAUGUGCUGUUGUAGUCGAUGGUAGUGAAAAUGUCCGAUUUUCAGCAGGUCUUUGAUCCCGUAGCCGCGUAGAAAGUUCUUAGACGUCACCGUUCUUUCGCCCCAUUUCGAUCCUCAAUUCGCUUCGCCCUUUUCGCCGCGUUACACUACCGCCAUCUGGUAGUGAGGUUGCGAAGCAUGACGUUGAGCUCUGCUGUCAGGUUGGUGCUUCGGGGUUUGGGGCGAACUUCGACGUAGGUCAGCUUCUCCACAAGCAAAGAAUCUUCUUGGCACAUUUAAAGUUUACGCGAACAAAAAUUCCAACAAACACUGACAUCACUAACCGAGCACUUGUUACAGUAUAAUUUGACAUGGGGAUGCCCAUGCAUUUUCAAAAUGUUUAUAAAAAUGUAAAAAUAAAUGAAAUUUCUCAAAAUAUCACAAACAAUAAUUCUAGUGCGUAGAAAUAAUCUUUAUUGCCAAUUUCAAAUACGACAAGCCACUUCGGUGUCGGAUUAUCAUUUCAUAUGUUACAUUCGAAUUCAGCUCUGCUUUGAUUUAAUAUAUUAUUCGAUAUGAUACGAGCAAACUGGCAACAUUUAAUGAAAAUCAAACCCACUCCUGAUGAAAAUAUUGUAAGCGUACAGCGGACCAUCAGGAAAAAUCCCGGGAAGAAAUUGCCAUCCAAAACGACUGCUCGAAAAUACCAAAACCGUCCGAAAUCGAGCGCAUUAUCGGAAAGAUUCCGACUGGGGAUUUGGUGGAAUAACUUGGCAGCACGAAAUGACAGCAGCAAAAAGCGAAAAAUCUGUCAUGAGAAGUUCCGGAAAAAGAACGCAAGUUGGCGGGUGCGUGCGACUGCGAGGGAGUCAGUAAGUCGGGGGCAAUCAAUCGUGCAUGGUGUCUGGCAGGGCGGUAUCUGCUGCUCGGAGAAGACGUGUGUGUCGCGGAGUGAACACGAAGAAGAAGGCGCGACGAGUCGUGCGUGGCGCUUGGCAGCGUCCGCUGCACCCAGAAUUCCGGAGAAAAGAACUGGACGGUAUAUGGACAGCAGCAAAGUCGAAGGCGCUCCGGAGAAAGCACCGCGAACAACAUCCGGCAUGGCAGUGUCGAGCGUCGUCUGCAGCGUUCAACAAAAGGUACUACCGGAACGACAGGUGCGCGCAUCCGGUGGCAUUCGCUACGCUCACCGAGGUACACGAAAAACGGCGACGAAAAUCAUCCGCAGCAGCGAGGCGACGGCAGCCAGUGCGUCACAGCAUUUUUCAUGCCAUAUUAUCCGCACCUCCAGCUGCGUGGGAAGUGCUGUACCGGCAGCAGAGCAACAGCAACAACUCCAGCAACAGCAUCAGGCCCGACAAUUCGGUGCCAGCAGCAGUACAACAGCACCAGCAGCAGCAUGGCCAGGCGGUCGAGCGUCUCGGAGUAAGCCGUAAGUGAAAUUUUAAUACAAAUGCACUCCAACAAAUGUGACCGGAGUAAUCGGGAGAUGGGUGGGAAAAAUGAAAUGUUGUCAAUAUAAAAAUUAACGUACUUUUGUUGAUCAUUUGUUUUGUGGCGAUGACCAUACAUAACCCAGCAUUACAAAUGGCGCCCAGCUAAACGAACCUUUCUUGUUCUGUUCGUCAAUUUUAAUUGACUUUUACACUUUAUUUUGAUUUGUGAUCAUUACUCGUACUAAUUCUGAUUAUUUUAUAAACGCUCAUUUUUGGUAUCAUAUCGAUGAAUUUUUGCUUGUUGUUAAGUGAUUCUAUCUGGUUAUUGUAAUUGGUUACUGACUGAAUCAGUUACUAACUGCUAUCCUUCUAGUUAACAAAGAACUUCAGCUAUCGAUUUUGACGACACCGAUCUGGACUUCUACCGAUGGCACAGUUGUAAGGGGAUUAUCAAGAAAAAUCAAAAGGAACGCGAUCUGGGGGCGCGGUAUAACCUCCAUUCGGGGCUCUUGGUAAUUUAGAGGACUAAAUCCCUCUUUGCCCUGAUCUUCUGAUGCCAAAAAUCCAAACCAGAUAAAACAAUUUCUAGAAUUUGAAUUGUUUAGUACCACUUUGUAGAUCUUUUCAUUAUUAAUUCAAUGACUUUAUUAGAUCUGUUAUUUUUUCGUUUGCUGCUUUUGAAACAUUUUUUUGUAUAUUCAGGAUUCGAAGGAGUUUCUUUUGCCAGACAGGCUGGCUCAAAUCGACACCAUUUGCCAAGAUUCGUUGGCGUAUAGUUUUGUUGAUUAGUUUAAGUUUUUGUAUGGAUUUUGCCAAGACUCGUUGGCGUUGAGAUCUAGUUCAUUAUUAUGAUUAUUUUGUGGUUUAUUUUAGAUACACUCACCAGUGCAUGGUGAAACAUUAUCGAGGUCUGCUCGAUACAACCGUCGAUCAAUCUCCUUCGAACUCCUUGUGGCGUUUUAGGAAUUUUUCAUGGAUCCUUUUUCAUGAUCCAUGAAAAAUUCUACCAAAGCAGCAAUGUUGUGUUACAUUCGAAUUCAGCUCUGCUUUGAUUUAAUAUAUUAUUCGAUAUGAUACGAGCAAACUGGCAACAUUUAAUGAAAAUCAAACCCACUCCUGAUGAAAAUAUUGUAAGCGUACAGCGGACCAUCAGGAGAAAUCCCGGGAAGAAAUUGCCAUCCAAAACGACUGCUCGAAAAUACCAAAACCGUCCGAAAUCGAGCGCAUUAUCGGAAAGAUUCCGACUGGGGAUUUGGUGGAAUAACUUGGCAGCACGAAAUGACAGCAGCAAAAAGCGAAAAAUCUGUCAUGAGAAGUUCCGGAAAAAGAACGCAAGUUGGCGGGUGCGUGCGACUGCGAGGGAGUCAGUAAGUCGGGGGCAAUCAAUCGUGCAUGGUGUCUGGCAGGGCGGUAUCUGCUGCUCGGAGAAGACGUGUGUGUCGCGGAGUGAACACGAAGGAGAAGGCGCGACGAGUCGUGCGUGGCGCUUGGCAGCGUCCGCUGCACCCAGAAUUCCGGAGAAAAUAACUGGACGGUAUAUGACAGCAGCAAAGUCGAAGGCGCUCCGGAGAAAGCACCGCGAACAACAUCCGGCAUGGCAGUGUCGAGCGUCGCCUGCAGCGUUCAACAAAAGGUACUACCGGAACGACAGGUGCGCGCAUCCGGUGGCAUUCGCUACGCUCACCGAGGUACACGAAAAACGGCGAAGAAAAUCAUCCGCAGCAGCGAGGCGACGGCAGCCAGUGCGUCACAGCAUUUUUCAUGCCAUAUUAUCCGCACCUCCAGCUGCGUGGGAAGUGCUGUACCGGCAGCAGAGCAACAGCAACAACUCCAGCAACAGCAUCAGGCCCGACAAUUCGGUGCCAGCAGCAGUACAACAGCACCAGCAGCAGCAUGGCCAGGCGGUCGAGCGUCUCGGAGUAAGCCCAGCAAACCUCACAUGGCUCAAAUCGGAACUUUCAACAACUGAAACUGAUUAACGUCCUUGUUGCCAACGUCAAUGCCAAAAGGGAACGAAGGACCUGUAAAAAAAAUUAAUUUAACUCGAUUAAAUUGUAAAAAUUGUAUUUUUUCUACAAUACAAACUGAUUAUUGUACUGUACAAUAAUCAAUUUGUAAUGUAAAAAAAAUCUCAAAAAAAUUAAAAUUUUAAUUAAUAAAAUAUUUUUAAACUAAAAUGACUAAGCGCUGUCUAUUGGAAUUAAAAUUACUAUUCAGAAACAUUCCCAAGUAACAAUUUAAGUUUUAUACUAAUCUGCAAGCUCGCUAUGAAACUUCGUUAUAAAACAACAUUAAGUUAUAUAAACCGCAAUAAAACACCUAUAAAGCACUUAUCAGUGUAAAAUCUGUCAUGAGAAGUUCCGGAAAAAGAACGCAAGUUGGCGGGUGCGUGCGACUGCGAGGGAGUCAGUAAGUUGGGGGCAAUCAAUCGUGCAUGGUGUCUGGCAGGGCGGUAUCUGCUGCUCGGAGAAGACGUGUGUGUCGCGGAGUGAACACGAAGAAGAAGGCGCGACGAGUCGUGCGUGGCGCUUGGCAGCGUCCGCUGCACCCAGAAUUCCGGAGAAAAGAACUGGACGGUAUAUGGACAGCAGCAAAGUCGAAGGCGCUCCGGAGAAAGCACCGCGAACAACAUCCGGCAUGGCAGUGUCGAGCGUCGUCUGCAGCGUUCAACAAAAGGUACUACCGGAACGACAGGUGCGCGCAUCCGGUGGCAUUCGCUACGCUCACCGAGGUACACGAAAAACGGCGACGAAAAUCAUCCGCAGCAGCGAGGCGACGGCGAGCCAGUGCGUCACAGCAUUUUUCAUGCCAUAUUAUCCGCACCUCCAGCUGCGUGGGAAGUGCUGUACCGGCAGCAGAGCAACAGCAACAACUCCAGCAACAGCAUCAGGCCCGACAAUUCGGUGCCAGCAGCAGUACAACAGCACCAGCAGCAGCAUGGCCAGGCGGUCGAGCGUCUCGGAGUAAGCCGUAAGUGAAAUUUUAAUACAAAUGCACUCCAACAAAUGUGACCGGAGUAAUCGGGAGAUGGGUGGGAAAAAUGAAAUGUUGUCAAUAUAAAAAUUAACGUACUUUUGUUGAUCAUUUGUUUUGUGGCGAUGACCAUACAUAACCCAGCAUUACAAAUGGCGCCCAGCUAAACGAACCUUUCUUGUUCUGUUCGUCAAUUUUAAUUGACUUUUACACUUUAUUUUGAUUUGUGAUCAUUACUCGUACUAAUUCUGAUUAUUUUAUAAACGCUCAUUUUUGGUAUCAUAUCGAUGAAUUUUUGCUUGUUGUUAAGUGAUUCUAUCUGGUUAUUGUAAUUGGUUACUGACUGAAUCAGUUACUAACUGCUAUCCUUCUAGUUAACAAAGAACUUCAGCUAUCGAUUUUGACGACACCGAUCUGGACUUCUACCGAUGGCACAGUUGUAAGGGGAUUAUCAAGAAAAAUCAAAAGGAACGCGAUCUGGGGGCGCGGUAUAACCUCCAUUCGGGGCUCUUGGUAAUUUAGAGGACUAAAUCCCUCUUUGCCCUGAUCUUCUGAUGCCAAAAAUCCAAACCAGAUAAAACAAUUUCUAGAAUUUGAAUUGUUUAGUACCACUUUGUAGAUCUUUUCAUUAUUAAUUCAAUGACUUUAUUAGAUCUGUUAUUUUUUCGUUUGCUGCUUUUGAAACAUUUUUUUGUAUAUUCAGGAUUCGAAGGAGUUUCUUUUGCCAGACAGGCUGGCUCAAAUCGACACCAUUUGCCAAGAUUCGUUGUCGUAUAGUUUUGUUGAUUAGUUUAAGUUUUUGUAUGGAUUUUGCCAAGACUCGUUGGCGUUGAGAUCUAGUUCAUUAUUAUGAUUAUUUUGUGGUUUAUUUUAGAUACACUCACCAGUGCAUGGUGAAACAUUAUCGAGGUCUGCUCGAUACAACCGUCGAUCAAUCUCCUUCGAACUCCUUGUGGCGUUUUAGGAAUUUUUCAUGGAUCCUUUUUCAUGAUCCAUGAAAAAUUCUACCAAAGCAGCAAUGUUGUGUUACAUUCGAAUUCAGCUCUGCUUUGAUUUAAUAUAUUAUUCGAU